AUGAGUUCCGUUGGCGUCGCCUGCGUACCCGUAGCUGCUGUUUCCGCGCCCCUCUCUGCCACUGUCCGCCCCGCCACCCCCGACGCGCGCGCUGCGAGCGUCGCGUCGCUUUGCUGGUCCAGCAGCAGCCACUCGCUUGUGGAGGCCGGCAACUGCCGCCGCGCGUCGGCAACAGCCUUAGUGCGAUCGACGUCGUUAGCUGCGGCACAGUCAUGCGCGGCAAGUGCGGCCGGCAUCAGGUGCUGCGUCAGCAGCAUCGGCGGGGUCAUCAUCAGCAGCGCGGGGAGCAGCCGCGCACAGAGCGCGUCGUCCACGCUGUCGCUGACGACAUUCAACAUCCUCGCGCCCAUCUACAAGCGGCUCGGCGGCGAGGGCGAGCGCGAGAGCGCGUGCGAGCACCUGUGGCGCGAUCGCAACCGUCGCAUAGUGGACCUGCUGCUGUCGCUGCAGUCGUCCGUGGUGUGCCUGCAGGAGUUCUGGUUCGACGGCGGCGACCUGGAGCGCAUGUACGAGUCGCACCUGCAGGCCAGCGGCUAUACGCUUUACAAGCUGCCCCGCACUAACGCCCGCGGCGACGGGCUGCUCACCGCCGUCCGCACGAGCGCCGGCGCCAGAGGCGCCGUAGCGGAAAGUGCGGCGGAAGCGGCGGCGGGAAGCGAGGUGGUGAGCGUGGUGGACUAUGAGCCGAUUUUGUUCCACGACUGCGGCGACCGCGUGGCGCAGCUGCUGCGCUUGCGCAUCACGGGCGCAGGGGAGGGGGGGCGCCGGGAAGGGGAGGGACAGGCAGUGGAGAACGGCCGCGGUGAUGAUGGUGUGUUAGCAGAUACAGCAGCAGCAGCAGCUGAUGCUGCAGCAGCGGCGGAAGCAGGGCAGCAGCACGAGGUGCUGGUGAUAAACACGCACCUGCUAUUCCCGCACAACGCCAACUCGAGUGUGAUUCGGCUGCGUGAGGUGUACAAGAUCCUCGAAUACGUGGACGCCUACAAGCACGCGCACGGGCUGCACGCGCUGCCCAUCCUGCUCGCCGGCGACCUGAACGGCCCUUUGGACGGCGAGGUGUGUCGCUUCCUGCGGUCGCAGGGCUUCGUAUCGUGCUAUGACAGUGUGCAGAGUGGCGACGACACCGACAAUAAUUGGGUGUCGCACCGCAACCACCGGGGCGAGGAGGUGGGGGUGGACUUCGUGUGGCUGCUCAAUCCCUCCCAGCAGCUCCAUGGCCCGCUUACUGCUGACUGGAAGGCCGCUGUCUUUCGCAUGAUCAAGGCGAAGCUGAUAGAGGCGGGGAUAACAGAGGAGCGGCAGGCGUUCGAGUUUUUCCAGUCAGCCGGCACACACUCAGCCGGCCAGCAGCAGCAGAAGCAGCAUGGGGAACAGAAUCACCACGACUGCAUCACCCCAGAGGAAUUUGCAUACGCCAUGGACGAGUCUUCUCCUCCCCCUCCACUCCCCCAUUCCACCCCCUCCCUCUCUUCCCCGCCACCCUUCCCCCACCCCUCCCGCUCCGUCUCCCUGCCUCAGCUGGGUCUAACGGGCGAGGACAGUGUGGGGCUGACGCGGGAGGAGAUUCGUGAGCUGGUGCAGCGGGCGGACACGAGUGGCAGCGGGGCGGUGGACUACAAGGCGUUCAAGCUGCUGCUGCGCACCGAGUCCAUGGAGGAUACCUUCGCCCGCAUCUGCAAGGCCACUGGGAUUCACGAGCAGCCGUGGAUUCAGCCCAGGCAGCAGCAGCAGGAGCAGCAGCAGCAGCAGGAGGAGGAGGAGGAGGAGCAGCAGCAGCAGCAGCAGCCGUGGCAGAUGUGGCAGGGGCAGCAGGAUUUGCAGGGGUCGUUUGACGAGGCUGUGGAGCAACAGCAGCAUGAGAGCAGGUGUCCACUGAAGCGAGGCGUGCAGGCAUUGCAGCAAUGCAUCACGAUGGACGCCCUCUUCCACGACUCAGCUCCCAUUGCUGCUGGCAGUCCCCUGUCGCCUGGCAAUGCAGCAGCACCCUUUGGAAUGCCAGAGCAGCCAGUCUCACAGGUGUCGUCCUCAUUCCCCAUGUCGCUUGGACGGCAUGGGCCUAUGGUGCUCGCAGCCGGUGCUGUUGCUGCCGCCUCUGCUGCUACAGUCGCUGCCACAGCUGCUACUGCCGCCAGUGGCGAGAAGAAAGGUCAAUGGGAGGAGUGCAGGAGCUGUGCGUGUGACCGUGUGGACUGUGAAGAGUGUGGGUACAACCCCAAGCGACGGGGUCAACAAGGCCAGCAGCAGGAGGAGGAGCUGGAGAGUGGUUUGGAAACGCGUGAGCUGGCGGUGCAAGCUGCAGAGUUGUUCCCGCCGGAGAUGCAGCAGGGCACGUGGCCCUCUGACUAUGACCUGUCGGACCAUGCUGCAGUCACUGCUGUGCUGCGCGUGCUGUGA